GGUGUGACACCUAAUGUUUGGGGAAAUGGAUCAGCAUGGGGUCUGUACUUUUUCAGCUACAACAUUUUAAAAGCGUGGAUGCAGAAAGACAGUGAUGAGCCUUUAGGGGCUGAGAAGCAUCUGAUCGCAGGAACUGUGGCAGGAAUUGGCACUUUGUCAGUAACAAACCCAAUAUGGGUGGUCAAAACUCGCUUAUGUCUUCAGUACUCUGAUCCCCUUGCUGGAAAAACACAAACACCGCAGUACAAAGGAGUGUUUGACGCUCUGUUGAAGUUGUGGAGACACGAGGGGUUGAGAGGUUUAUACAAGGGCUAUGUUCCAGGCCUUUUUGGCGUGUCACACGGAGCGCUGCAAUUCAUGGCCUAUGAAGAACUGAAGAAAGGCUACAGUCGAUAUUUUGGAACACCAAUCAACAAGAAGCUGGGCUCGAGCGAGUACCUUGUAAUGGCUUCCUUGUCUAAAAUUUUUGCCGCUACAGCGACAUAUCCUUAUCAAGUGGUUAGAGCAAGACUUCAGAAUCAGUACACAAUGGUGGAAUAUAAAGGCGCGUUGGAUGUGAUUACUAAAACUUUCAGGGGCGAAGGAGUGAGAGGAUUUUACAAAGGAUUGAUUCCCAGUGUCCUCAGAGUAACGCCAGCAUGUGCACUCACAUUCGUGGUGUACGAAAACGUGAUUCACUUCCUGAUGCCAAACAGAUGACUUUGAGUGGAGAGAUACUGCAGUCAAACUAAAUUAGAACGGAGCUCGCAGCGCGCUAUUACACGUAGUCAUUACACGAAAUAGUACAAUGGAAGACGAUGAACAGAAUUGCAGCUCAUGGAUUCAUUAGCAGGUUUUAUUUGGCAACAGCGCGGACUGUUCCGUUUAUGAAAAAAAAAAAGAAAAAGAAAAAAAAGAAAAAGAAACCCAUGUUAACCUUACGAAGUUAACAGCAAAGUGCAUUUAUAUUACACUUCAGAGGCUUGCCAAUAUAAACUUUUUUCGGGGCAUUUUAAGAGGUAUCCCAUCACGUUUCUUACUGUUUCAGUAGCUCCUUAAGAAAACAAUGAUCUCUCCCAUUGUUCUUUCUUGGGAACUCACCAACAAAUACCAAGACUACAAGAGAUGCCCUUUUAUUUAUUUUGUUUUUUAUUUACUAAGUCAUAUAUGGCAAUUGAGUUCUAGCAUUACCUGUUUGAACCUUCUUGCAAAUCAAUAAAAAAAAAAGAUGCAUGGUAUCGA